AUGGCUUCAGACGAAAUUGUCUGGCAGGUGAUUAACCAGCAGUUUUGCUCCUACAAACUCAAAACCGACAAGGGCCAAAAUUUCUGUCGCAAUGAAUACAAUGUUACUGGAUUCUGCAAUCGCCAGUCUUGUCCAUUGGCAAACUCUCGAUAUGCGACCGUUCGAUCUGAUCCGAGCACUGGUGCUAUGUACCUUUACAUGAAAACAGCUGAACGCUCCCAUAUGCCUAAUAAGUGGUGGGAGAAGAUCCGGUUAUCCUCGAAUUACGCAAAAGCCCUCGGACAACUCGACGAACGCCUGAUAUACUGGCCCAAGUUUUUGAUUCACAAAUGUAAACAGCGUCUUACUCGACUUACUCAGGUUAACAUACGGAUGAAGAAGCUUGCCAAAGAGGAGGAGCGCCUGGGUGAAAAACUGGUUCCAAAGCUUGCUCCUAAAAUAAGGAGACGAGAGGAGACGAGGGAACGAAAAGCAGAAGCAGCCGCGAAACUCGAGCGGGCUAUUGAGAGAGAGCUUAUCGAGCGAUUAAGAAGUGGAGCGUAUGGCGAACAACCUCUCAACGUGCAAGAAAACAUAUGGAAGAAGGUUCUUAAGGGCCUUGAGAGGCAAGGAGAAGGCGAGCGUGACGAAGACCUCGACGAAGGGAUUGAAGAUGAACUGGAAGAGGAAGAAGAAGAAGAAGAAGCCUACAACUGGACCCAAGAGGAAACGGCCUGCACCGCCUUCCAGACCCCGUAA